UCCUCAAACUUCAAGGACAAUUAAAACCUUUGUUACAAACUUCUGACUUCAUUUGAGAAAAUGCUUCAUGGUUACUUGGUAAUUUCAUUUAUUAGUCUCAAGGGUCAUCUUUGAAAAUUAUAACUCUCCUUGAAUAAGCUCAAAGAAGACUAAAAAAAAGAACCAAACUUUGUAACCUUCUUUAAAACUCUGAAAUGAAGAUGAAGCUCUCUGUUCAAUCUUCUUUCUUGAUCAUCUUCCUUUUGAUUCAACUCCUUAGAUUCAUCAAGGCUGAUGAUGAAUACGAAGAUUGCUCAGGGCAGUUUCUGUGUGGAAAUAUAAGCAUAAGCUACCCUUUCUAUGACGUCGUAAACCGCCCAGAACACUGUGGCUAUCCUGGCUUUAGAGUCAAUUGCAGCGGUGAAUAUGGCUAUCCAGAGAUAUCAUCAGUUUCAACAUCGUCACGGAGAUACCUUCUUCUGCAGAUGGAUGCAAAUCUAAAUAAUAUCUCUGUUUUUCAAGAAAAUUUAUGGGACGGUCCCUGUUCUAAGAUCUUGUAUAAUACCACCUUAAACACAACCCUUUUUAACUUCGUACAUACAGUUGAGAACAUUACUCUAUACUACGAAUGUUCUGCACCUUCUGCUCCUAUAGGCAGCCUAACUGCGUUUACUUGUUCCAAUAGUAAUCCUAGAAAUUACUUUCUAACUCCUUCAGAGGCCCACUAUCGAAAUAGCCUACUGGGUAUAUGCAACAAUAAUACAUAUGUUCCACUUAGCCAAUCUUCCAUUGCCAAUAUAAGAGAUCCACUGACCUUACAGAGUGCUUUGCGCAAUGGUUUCGAGUUAAACUGGACUGCAAACUAUAGUUUAUGUGUUGAAUGCCGUGCAUCAGGUGGCCAGUGUGGGUAUAAUACUACUACGGAUAGUUUUACUUGCUAUUGUUCUGAUAGAGUUCAUGGUUCCACAUGCAAUGUUAAUGGACGAGUCACUCUAAAAAGGUCCACGAUUGUGAUACUAGCUUCUAUAUCAGGAACAGGCAUAUGCCUGCUAAUUGUUCUAAUUUUCUAUUUCAAAAGAAAACACCCACUUGAGAAAAGGCAAGAUGUUGAGGCUUUCCUGAAAAGUUAUGGAUCCCCUGGUCCAAAGAGGUACACCUACACAAAUUUGAAGAGGAUCACAAAUUCCUUCAAGGACAAGCUAGGUGAAGGCGGCUAUGGUGUUGUGUACAAAGGAAUACUACAUAAUGACCAUUUGGUGGCAGUGAAAAUUUUAAAGAAAUCACAAGGAGAUAUGAAGGAAUUCAUCAACGAAGUUGCAAGUAUAGGAAAAACCAACCAUGUAAACAUUGUCAAACUCCUAGGUUUCUGUUAUAAGGGUCAGAAACGCGCUCUUGUAUAUGAUUACAUGCCUAAUGGAUCUCUUGAGAAGUUCACAUAUGGGGGGCAAAAAAACCAUGAACCACUCUCAUGGGAAAAAUUAUUCGACAUUGCAGUUGGGAUCGCGAGAGGUCUGGAAUACUUGCACCAAGGAUGCAACACGAGGAUUUUGCACUUCGACAUUAAGCCCCAAAAUAUACUAUUAGAUGAAAACUUUUGCCCAAAGAUAUCUGAUUUUGGUCUUGCUAAGUCUUGCACAAAGAAAGACAGUAUUAUAUCAAUGUCCGAAGCUAGAGGAACUAUUGGGUACAUUGCUCCAGAGGUAUUUCUCAAGAAUUUUGGUGGGGUCUCCCAUAAAUCCGAUGUUUAUAGCUACGGAAUGUUGGUUCUAGAAAUGGUUGGCUGCAGAUACAAUGCUGAUGCUAAAGUGGAAUGUAGUACUGACCAGUAUUUUCCUGAUUGGAUAUACAAGCAACUUGAACAAGUAGAGGAGCUUGACCAUCAAGGGAUCACAAAUAGUGAGGAAGGAUCACUUAGGAGGAAGAUGGUUUUAGUGAGCUUAUGGUGCAUACAAACCAGCCCAUCAAGCCGACCAGCUAUGACGCGGGUGGUGGAAAUGCUUGAAGGAACGUUCGAAACACUACAAAUUCCACCUAUGCCCUCUCUUGCUUCUCCUUUGAGAUCACAGCAAAAUACUUCAACUAUGCCCACAAUUUCAAUAGAUAAUCUUUAGAGCAAUAAUACAUUUAAGAAUGUUCCUAUUACAUGCUUUUGUUUUAUUUUUUUGGUGCAAUGCUCCUGUACAUUUUUUUUGGGGUGCGAUGUUACCACACAUAUAAAAAAAUGUUCCCAUACAUGUUCAGAUGUUCUUAAUGUAAUAAUGUAUAUUCAGCUUUUCUGCUAAGUGCAGAAGAUAGCCAGCAGAUAACAUCUUUAUGUAUCAAGUUCUAGAUUCCAGAAAGUUCUGCAUGGAGCA